AAAUAAGAGAGAGAGAGAAGAACCAGGCCAACCACUUGUUGCUGCACUCCACUUACUGCUUUGGCAAAGGCGUGUCUGCACUAGUAGGUCGCCACAACGGCUGAAUAACCUCUGCAUUGCUCUCCGAUCUAUCUGAGGAGGGCAGAUAACAAAGAGGCUUUAUUGACUGGAAGCUGGUGAAGAAUUUUGAAUAGUGAAUACGCCUAGCGGAGUUCAAGGAAAAUCCACAGGAGAUCAUUAUCCCAAUAUCUCAUAAUCAAAACCAAGAAUGGUCUCGGAAACACCGUCAAACUCCACCCUGCCUUGUCAAAAUAAUCCACAAGGAAUUGUGGGCAAAAUCCUGCCUCCAGUCCUCAUCCUGGAGAUGAUUGUGGGCUUGCCAGGGACCUUGUUGGCAUUGUGGAUCUUCUGCUUCAGGCUGAAGCAGAAGUGGAAGGCCAACACUCUGUUCCUGUUCAACCUGGUGCUGGCCGACUUCUUCCUGCUGGUCAGUGUUCCCUUCCGGAUUCACAACAUCCUCCACGGGGAGUACUGGUGGUUCGGCGAUGCGUGGUGCCGCAUCAACCUCUUCAUGCUGGCGGUCAACCGCUCAGCCAGCAUCGCCUUCAUGACCACCGUGGCUGUGGAUCGCUACCUGAAGGUGGUUCACCCACACCACCGCAUCAACCACAUGACCAAGAACCAGGCUCCCUUGUUGGCCUUCCUGAUCUGGGCCGUGGUUCUGGCCCUGCGUCUCCCGCUGCUGGCCGAGCCCCUCCUCGAUAAGCGCGACAACACAUCCUUGUGCCGGAGCUUCGGCUUCCACACGAUAAAUACGGGGAUAAUAAUACACUACGUGGUCUACAUCGGGGAGUUCUUCCUGCCGCUGGCAAUGUUGAUUUUCUGCACAGCGCGGAUCGCCUGCGUGCUGCAUCAGCGAAAGCUGGACAGGGAGCAGAAGGUGCAGCGGGCGGUGCGCACGGUCGCCACCAUCGUGGCGGUGUUUGUGGUCUGCUUCUUGCCGGGGGUCAUGAUGGGCAUUGUAGGGUGGGCGUUCAUGGGAUUGGAGCAGGACUGCAAGAGAGCUGGGAUUGUGAGCCAGCUGUUCAGGUUGUCUAUCGGCUUCACCUACUUGAACAGCGCCCUGGACCCCAUCAUUUACAGCCUCUCCAGCUCCAUGUUCCGCGAUGCCCUCAAGAGUCUGUUCUACAGCCUGACUCCGGGGGGGAAGUAUCGUCAAGGCAGGAACCUCCGUAGUAGCACAAAUACUGACGGCUGAAAAUGACGGACUGAUAAUGAUUUUAGAAAGAACAUGCGCAAAGUCCAAGAAGACCAUGAUAAUACCAUUAAGCCCUUGGUUGGUGAGGGGCUUCCACCACUGCCAAUCAGUCUCUGAAAGGUCAAAUCACAUCCCGCCUGCAAAAUACAUUGCAUUGAUAUCCCGUUUGCUUUGAAAUAUUUUAGAUAACAGCAGGAUAUCCUUUGUUUUUCAAUCAGUGAAAAUUUAUCCACUCGGUCUUCAUUCUCUGGUUCUCAGUGUUAUUUAUAAAUAUAUGCAUAUCCACCCAUAUUUAUCUACCCCUCAUCACAAACAAAAACUAGGACAAACUUAAAAAUAAUAAGAAACCAGCAAGAUCAUGUCUAGAUAUAGUAUACUUAUUACUUAUAUAGUAUAUAUUUUUGCUACAGUUGUUUUGUUGUAUGUUAUUUGCAGUUAUCAUUGUUACCUUCUGCAUUUAGAAAUGUUUAAGAAAUAAAGAGAAAUCUAUCACAUUGGCUGAA